UACCUAAAAUUGAAAGACUGAACGUUUUCGUUUGUGUGGCGAUUUUUCUUUCGUUGCCGGAUUGUUGUUUUUACGCAAAACAAAUAGCUGCAUAAACAAUAGCUAUACAAUGGAUUUGACGAUAAAUUUGAAAUCUCUUGAAUUUGAGAAUGGACUCGGUGAAUAUGAGAGAGAAUUUACGUAUUUGCGCAGUCGAUCAGCAGAUUUAACAGUCUGUGGAUGUGGGCACGCAGUGUUUCUUUGUCAGAUGGCCUCUUUACUAAGGGAGAAAGUAAAGGGCAUAUCCAAUAAAUCACACCUGCAAGGACUGAAUGUCGGUAUUCUGGGAGGGGGAAACAUUGGCAAACAGCUGACGAUGGUUUUACUAGGUGUGCCAGGCUUCAGGCCCUGUAAUAUCAGUAUCUCAACUAAAAGACCCGAGACACUAAGCGAAUUCUCAAGGACUGGUGUGCAGUGUUACUAUGACAACGGCAAGCUGGCUGCUUGGGCAGAUGUGCUCUUCCUGUGUAUCCUCCCCUCUCAUCUGCCUCAUGUGUGUGCUGAGCUUCGCUCUCACCUGCCUGCUCACUGCCUCGUGUACACUUUCACCUCUGCAGUUCCAUUACACAGGCUUACCCUACUCCUCGGUCACAGUUUUGUUCUCAAACCUCAGUAUGAGUUUGUAGCCGGCAAUUCAGUUCAGAUGUGGCUCCAGCAUAAUCAGGUGGCCAAAUCUCUGAAGGAUAAGGAAGUCGUGACCGCCACAUGCCCACUUUCAAUGACUGCAGGUAGUGUCUCCUGGGAUCAGUGGUGGGUAUGUGCCUUAUUGUAUGGUCUCCUCAACAUAUGUACUGCUGAGGGACUAGGCUCCAGCCAAGCCUUGCAACUGCUCAAUGAGAUUUUUCAGACCAACUUAUCAACAGGCACAUUCAUCUGUCAAAGCUUUGUCAACUCAUCCUGUGCAUCUACACUUACUAACUCUGAGGAACCUUUCCCCUGGAUCCAUCUGGUUGAUGCACAGACAAAGCAGACUCCCUUAUCUUCUUAUCUUUCAGGACAUAAAGCUUUACAAAAAUGCAUUUCUGCUCUGUAUUCUAAAACAUUUUCUGGCCUGUCAGAUAGGAAGUGUGAGAUGAAAGAGUGAAUCACACGUGAACAUAGAAUCACAUAUGAAAGCACCUCUACAGAAAAUAUAUAUAUAGUUCUUGGUAUAACAUUUUUAGUUAAAUUGGAAUUAAAAGAGUUUCUUGUUCACUAGGACUUAAUUACACAUAUGUACACUGCAACAUAAAAUAAGUGAUAAUUAAACUCAGGGGAGUGUUGAAUCUGUCAGCUGCACCAUAAUAGACCCUGGAGCUCUCUGGAGAUUUUGUAUCACUGUAACAUUGGUGGCCCAAUUACACUGACAGAAUAUUUGUUUCUUUUUCAGGCUCAAAUAAUUACUUUAAGCAACAUAUCACACACAAAUACUUUAGACAAGAAUUUAUUUUGCACAAAAUGUCCUCAAAAUAAAUAAAUAAAUAUAAAGUUUGUACUUUGCUUGCACAGCUGAUGAAGGACUUAUGUUGGAAACUGAAUCUCUACAUUUCUUACUAUCUAUCUAUCUAUCUAUCUAUCUAUCUAUCUAUCUAUCUA